UAGUUUGCUUAUCUUGUUAUUUGAAUCGCUUUAAAAGUCUGAUGCCCAAACUAAUUUGAGCACUCAAUCUAGCACCAUGACCAACAAGCUGAUCUUCGGGGCUGUCCUAAUUUUGGCAUCAUUUAGUUGUGCCAUUUUCGGUGCAAGCGUCCGGAAUCCUAGCUUAUUUCUUGGUGGUUACGUGGACAUAGAUGGGCAACAAUACUAUGUGAACGCGUCAAAAUAUUUCACAAAGGAUGAGGCCAGGGCUGACUGCCAAUCGCGAAACAUGGAACUCAUUUCUUUUGAGGAAAAAACCAAAUAUGACGCAAUAAAUUUAUGGGCACAGCAAAAUCAAAAUGAAUUGGACUACCAUUGGUUUUGGAUGGGUGCUGAGAGAGUUAACACCACAGAUUGGCGAUGGGAAGUCUCUGGCAAGCGCAUCAAAGACUUUUACUGGGCCGAUGCAGAGCCCAACUUGGCGGCCGAUGACAAUGACACCAUUUGCCUCAGUUUUGUGUCCUACUCUUUUGCAUCUGGAUGGUGCGAUGACAUUUGUGACACAACACAAAAUGCUCUGAUAUGCCAAUAAAAUCAUGCAUUUUUUUAACUGUAGUACAAAAAAUGAUGGUAGCUCAAAAUAAAUAAACAAAUAAAUAAUUUUGAACAAAU